GCCGUUCGCUCCUUCAUCGAUAAUCGUCUUUUUGAGUUGUUGAUGUUCAGCCGUUCCCGUAGCAAGCUCUCGAUCUUGUUGCUUGUGGCGAAGUCAAAGUGAACAUUUCCCAGUGAGCCAACUUUUCUUAUUUAUCCUUCCUUACUAUACCGAACUGCAAUCAUGUUUGAGGCCAGACUUGUCCAAGGACUUAUCCUAAAGAAGCUUCUUGAAAGCUUCAAAGAUCUUGUGACGGAGGGCAACUUGGAUUGCUCAAGCACAGGCAUCUCUCUUCAAGCUAUGGACAGCAGCCAUGUCAGUUUAGUGGACGUAAACCUCAGAGCGGAGGGCUUCGACCCGUACCGCUGUGACAGGAACCUUACACUUGGCGUGAACUUCUCCUUCAUGUCCAAGAUCCUGAAGUGCAUUGGCAAUGAAGACAUCAUCACUCUGAGAUCAGAGGACAGUGCUGAUGCUCUCAAUGUCACUUUCGAGAGCCCCAACCAAGAGAAGGUUGCCGAUUACGAGAUGAAGCUGAUGAACAUCGACAUGGAGCACCUCGGCAUUCCCGAUACGGACUACGAUGCUGUCGUACACAUGCCCUCGCAUGAGUUCCAGCGUAUCUGCCGUGACCUUGGCCAGUUCGGCGAGUCAGUGACCAUUGCAUGCACAAAGGAUGGUAUUCGAUUUGGUGCCAGCGGUGACAACCUGAGUGGUAACAUUACUCUCCGACAGAAUGCCUCGGUCGACAAGGAGGAGGAGCAGGUAACAAUCGAACUGCAGGAGCCAGUCAGUCUGACAUUCGCCCUUCGGUACCUCAACUUUUUCACAAAGGCAACACCUCUAUCGAACCAGGUCAUCCUGUCCAUGUCCAAGGCAAUACCCCUCUCCGUUGAAUACAGAAUCGGAGAGCUCGGACAUAUCCGGUACUACUUGGCACCAAAGAUUGAGGAGGAUGAUGAGGGCGCUGCCGAGUAAUCUGGCCACCAUGCACCACUCUAUGGUGCAGUCUAUCUCCUCCGGGGUUUCGCAGCUACUGUUACGAAAACCACAAGUGCACAUAGCGUUUUCGACUUUCCGUUGUCUGUUUGCUACCUUUCUUUGUUGUCCCUCCUUGUCUUUCUUUGUUGUCCCUCCUUGUCUGCUGCAAGCCGUUGAAAAUAGUGCUGAACAUUUGUUUGAUUUGAUGAUUUGCUCUUUUUUUUUACCAUACCGCAUUCAUCCGCUUGCAGGCACAAGGCGUGUUGAUGCUGCUGCCCCUCCAUUUGAAAACCUGGCACACCCCAGGCACAGGGAUUUGAAAACCUGGCGCACCCCAGGCACAGGGAUCUGAAAACCUGGCGCACCCCGGGCCCAGGCACACAGGGAGUUCGCAACAAUAGUACUCUACCCAUGUAAUGUGUAUCUAUAUCCCAUUUUUUCCGUUUUGCUACUGGUCAGAACUUCAUCAUCACACACAACAUCCUAGGCUACUUGUGUGCUGCAUGCCACACACGUGCGCGCGUGCACAACACUCCCACUGUUGGUAGGGUGCUGGAUUUGCCUUGCUGCUGCUGUUGCCGCUGAUGCUCCAUAGAUCGCUUCCGUUCCCUGUAUUAAUUAAAAACCUGCUCUGCCAUGCAAUUUUUUACUGUAUGCUUUUCAUUUAUUCAUGAAAGAUCAAGUGGAAGAUCA